GCGCUGGCUGCCCCCGUGGGCGCAGGUGAGGAGCAGGGGCCUCAUCGAGCUGAAGGGCAAGGGCAGCGUCGAGGCCUUCCUGCUGGACCACCCGGGCUGUCAGCCCAGCCCCGGCAGCGCGCGCGGCUCCGGCGGCGGCGCCCGGCGGAGGUCGUCCCUGGAGGCCAUGCUCCGCGACCACUCGCUGAGCUCGGCCCAGGAGUCGUCGGACUACGAGGCGAAGCCGCGCAUCAGGAAGGCCAAGACUCGGGCCACGCGGCUGCUCACGCGGGCACCGACUCGGGCGGGUUCGAAGCCGCAGUCCGUGAUGAGCGGCCAUGAGGGCGAGGACGCCGGCAUGGACGAGGACGCAGAGGUGCUUGCCAAGGUCCUGGAGGAGUUCACCGUGCCGGACGAAAGCAGUCUUGAGUCGGGGUCCCUCCAGAACUUGCUGGAGUCCGUGUGGACCCUAGGGUUGGGGCGAUUGUCGGACAAGGACGAGGAGGCGUGGUUUCAUUGGCACCACAUCAACAGUAUCUGCCACAAGUUGCCCGAGAGGCUCGACAGGCAUUUCCUCGGCAUCUGCAUCACGACGGCAAUGGACAGCACAUUCAUGGUGAUGGCGCCCAGCCGCAGUCUCAAGCACAUAUACUGGGGGGAGUCUGCGUUCGAAGUGUUUCUGUUGUGCCGAGUCUUGAUCAUGUUGAUCAUCAAGUCUUGGCAGAAACUUGCGUCUGGCGACUUCAUCCGGGCACAUCCUCGGCCGGCGCAGACGGGCAUUCUUGUUUCCUAUUGUGCCAUUGUGUUGUUGCUUCACCUUUCUUACACUGCCAUGACGAACGAUUGGAUGCUUCUUCACGACCACGACCAAUUUGUCCAAGACAUCCUGGAUUGCCCAAACUAUGCAGAGCGCUUGAGUCUCACCAAGGUAUUCUUGAACGACACGCCCCAUUAUAUCCGGUUGAAUAUAUUCAAGGUCCUUUCCUUCACUGCGUUCUGGGUGGUGACCUUGGUGCACCCUCUGCGCUUCAUACCCUCUUGCACCUACGUUUUCCUCAGCUACCUCGUGUGCAGGAUCGGCUCGUGGAUGGGCCUGAGUGCGAUGAAGUUCUGCUUCUCGGAGACUAGCAUAUUCGUGUUGAGCAGCGUGGGGCAGGCGUGGCUGCAGUACACGGCGGAGCACAACAGCCGGGCCCGGUUCAGGCAGCUGGCCACGAUCGAGCGGAGCCAGGGCGCGAUGGAGAGCAUCCUGGAUGCCCUGCUGCCAGAGAUGGUGAAGCAGGGCGCCGAGCUCCCCUCGCACUACUACCACAACGCGACCAUCUGCCAGUCGGACCUCGUAGGUUUCACCAAGCUCGCGAGCACGAAGAGGCACGAUGAGGUCGUUGAGCUCGUCAGGGACCUCUUCGGCGCGUUUGACGACCUGCUGGGCCGGCCCGGCGACCGUGGCAAGUACGACAUUUGGAAGGUGGAGACCGUGGGCGACGCGUAUAUCGCCGGGCAGGCCGACUUCCCGUUCACGCGGACGAACAAUCCAAUCCACGUGGUGGCCUUCGGCAUGGAAGUCAUCAAGGUGACCAAGAAGUGGUCAAGCCGGAACGGGUUUAACGUCGGCUGCCGGGUGGGCAUUCACACGGGGUCGUGCAUCGGGGGCAUGGUCGGCGAGGAGAUGCAGAGGUAUCAUUUGUUCGGUGAUUUCAUGUCCUGCCUCGAAGGUCUCGAGUCCACCGCCCCAGAGGAUGGAGUGCAAGUCAGCGGCAGCUGCAUGAACGCUGUCCUUGACCGCAUCAAGGCGGACAACCUCCCAGCGGACCAGGUCAAGUUCUUCGCCAGGGCGGAGAAAGAGCUCAAGACCUCCAAGGGCGAGCGCGUGCCCUACGAG